ACUACUCGUGUCUGGAAUUGCUUGUUAAAACGGACCGUUUUAAGAGAAAGUGUUUCAGUGAUUAGGUCUUGUUUGAGCUAGCUGCACCCUACCCUUGUAAUGGUGCCGUGACACCUCUCUCUCUCUCUACACAUCUCACUUCACACGCAUCUCCCAAUUGACUUUCAACCAUGGCUGACUACAAACAAGAACAAGAUAUGGAGAUUGAAGCAUUAGAAGCUAUACUUAUGGAUGAUUUCAAAGAAAUACAUUCGGGUGAAAGUGGCCUAAGUACUUCCAAUCGGUGCUUUCAAAUAAAAGUUGCUUCACAGGAUGAUGAGGAAGAUGGGUUAAUCACUAAUCCAGCUCAACUGGCUUUAAUCUUCACACACACAGAAAGAUAUCCUGAUGAACCUCCACUUUUGAAUGUGAAAAGUUUGCAAGGAAUACCUGCCGAAGAUUUAAAGAUUUUGAAAGAAAAACUACAACAAGAGGCAUCUGAAAAUCUUGGUAUGGCUAUGAUAUACACACUUGUUACCUCAGCUAAAGAGUGGUUGGCUGACCGGUUUGGUGAAGACUCUGCUGGUGGGAGUGCUGAAGCAGAAGAGGCUGCCAAAGAUGAUAUAGUGAUACCCCAUGGGGAACCAGUUACUGUUGAAACAUUUUUGGCAUGGAGAGAAAGGUUUGAAGCUGAACUAGCACUGGAACGAGCCAAGCUAAUGCCCGAGUCUGCCCUCACAGCUCCCAAGGAAAAGAAGCUAUCUGGUAGACAGUGGUUUGAAAGUGGAAGAGCGAAAGGUGCAGCUGCUGUCGCUGAGGAAUCUGAUGGGGAGGACGAGGAUGAUAUUGACUUUGAUGAUGACAAUUUUGAAGAUGAUGAAGAGGAUAUGCUUGAUCACUACUUGUCUGAAAAAUCUAAUCCAUUUGUAGAGUCUGGCACGAGAGCUAGAUAAAGUGCGAAUGCAGCAUUAUCCGGCAGAGAUUUACAGUUUGCCUCGCUGAGUGAGGGAGUUUAUGUCAUCCUUUCUAGGACAGGAGGAUUUGGUUUUAUGAUGUAAUCGAAGGUAAAAUGUAGAAGCGUUUGAUAUGCGACAUUGUAUUUCACCUAAACACUUUGAUAUAAAAGAAAUACUUUUUCAGCAGUCGCAUCCAUGAAUUGUAUGAAAGGAGUUUCUUAUGGAUAAAACAACUAUAUAACUCAGUUUGAAGUAUAAUAAAUAAGAUGAAUUUGUUU